AUGGUAGCAACUAUAUCAGAGCUAUUACACAGCUGCCUUGCUCAGUUUAACCGAUUGGUAUCCACUCCUGAACUUUUCUCCCUCUCGCCGGAGGUUUCUUUGCAGGACUGGAAGGAUGAACUUGGACGGCUUCGGGUCUGGGCGGCUAAUAUUGGUGCCCACCAAAAUCUCCAAUCCUCCUUAGAUUACCGACUGAGAGAUGCCACGCAUAUUAAAGACCAAAUCUUGCGACUUUUGGAGCAGGUUCAGGAGCUGCUCCUGGACGCCCAGGAGGUUCUUGGAGAGGACACGCGCGAUGAGAACGAAGAUGUCGGGUUUGAAUAUCAGCCAGAAGAGUUUGCAGAGAAUCUAGAAGACACCACAGAAGUCCAAGAGAUUCAUCAGACUCUAGCUGAUACAAUUACUCAACUUCACCGCAUGACCAUGCUUAUUCGAUCGCCAGCGCAACAUGACAGGCUCGUCGGGACGAAAAAGCUAGAUUCCGAGCCCUUUAAAUUUUGGACUCGGCAGCACGUUUCGAGCAAAUACCCAAAUGCAGACGAGGCAGUUGUCAAUCGUAUCAGCUCUGCAAUGGCCAAGCAGAGAGCAAUCUUGAAAUACCGCGAACGUCACCAUAUCAAAUUAAGCCGUGGGAUCGACAUCGAUGAUGUCGAUGGGAAGUCAACUAUACUUUCGGAUACAAUCGUGUCAAACGUUUAUAAAGAGUCUUCCAACGAAUUGAGUGAUAUUGCUUCCGAGGCUCAUGCAUCUGAGACUUCGUAUGGCGGCACAUUGCUUGAAGGGAAAGACACAGAGGCGCCGAAGAUACCACCGAUACCCAAACAGGGUCGAGAUCAGAGACCAUUCGAAUGUCCAUUUUGCUUCUAUAUAAUUACCGUUCGGGACAUAAAAUCAUGGGCUCACCAUAUAUUCAAGGACCUAAUGCCUUACGUAUGUCCUUUUUUGGAUUGUUCAAUUCCAAACAAACUCUAUGACAGUCGUCGACAAUGGUUUCAUCACAUCCAGCAAUUUCAUUUUUCAGCUGCAAGCACAAAUUCGUACGACUGUUUCAUUUGCAAGGAAAUUUCACUCCCUGCAGUAACAUUCCAGCGCCAUGUGGGCCAGCAUCUGGAGGAACUUUCGUUGUUUCUCUUGCCAAGGACAGAUACUGAGGAAUUUGAAAAUGCAGCCUCAGAUAAUGAAAGACAUGAAAACUUCCACAAUAUUGAAACUAUGAGCGCCGCGUCAUCUGCAUCUUUGGAUCAUGGCCCUGGACCAUCCUACUUUCCGUCAGAGCAACCAACAAAUGUCGAGGAUUCGUCUUUCCGCGAGCGUUAUGACUUUUCUGAGGACCUUCAGACAGCAAUGGGGGCACCUCCAUCAUUGUAUGCAAGAUCAAAAACUAGCAAAGUGGAAGAGAAAAGCAAAUCCCAGAAUCUCGAAGUGAAAACAGAUGGAGAGCCACAUAUAGCUGAGUUUGACCACCUUUUAUCACAUUCGCUAGCCUCGGCCCAAAACGAGUUCAUCUGCACUGUUUGCAAUAUGUCAUUUUUAUGGCGUUUUGAACACGAUUCACACAUGUAUUCUCGUGAGCACAUACUCAAUGAAAAGAAUAUCAGGCCACUGGACAAGCAAUACCAGGAUCUCAACAGCAAUCAUGAAACUAUCGCUGCGGGGAAGCGCCGCAGCAGCAAUAUGCCUCCAGAAUCAGGGGGAAAUGAGCGGCCACUCAGUGGUCAAACUAAGAAAGAGCGUCUUUCUUUGACAGGGAAUCUACGGGAGGCCUUCGGUUGGGAUCAGGAAGUUGAUUCAUCACUCGAACAAGAUUCUGAAGGCGAAUCACGAAGAUCCAGAUUUGAUCGUCCCACACAUUCACCCCUCGCGCGUCCUCGGGUUGUUUAUAAUGAUUCGCAGUUCAAUCAACAAACAAGAAAGACGCCUUUCUAUGCUAGAAGGCUCUCAAUGGAAAAUCUCGAGGAAUACUAUGGUAUGGAAGCUAUAGAAGCAGAUUCUGAAGGAGAAUCACGGAUACCCCGGUUCGACCGUCCAAGAACGUCACUUCGUGUGCGCGAAAGACAUCCUUAUAACGAUCAACAAUUUGGUGGUCAAAUUGGAAGAGCAGUUGAUCCAAUGAAAACAAGACGUUGGUCAGAGAGCACCGAAGAUAUUCUCCACGAGCCAUCUAUCGAUGAGCAGUUAAAUCCAAGCCCAGAGUUAGUUGAACAAGAUUCUGAAGACGAACUACGAAGAUCCAGAUUUGAUCGUCCCACGACUUCACGUCUCGCGCGUUAUCGGGCUGUUUAUAAUGAUUCGCAGUUCAAUCAACAAACAAGAAAGGAGUCUUUUCCUACAAGAAGGCUCUCGACAGGAAACAAGUAUAUGCAAGAUCUACAAGCAAGCUCCAGAGAAGCACGGACAUCCCGUUUCGACCUUCCAGCAACGUCAAGUCGUGUGCGCGGAAGAAACUCCUAUAACGAUCAACAGUCUAGCGGUCAAACCGGAGAACUAGUUAACCUCAUGCAUAUAAAACGUCCGCCACGAUUUAGGCCACCGAGGGAGACAAUCGAUGAGCGGUUGGAAUCGGGCCCAGUAUCGCUCGAACAAGAUUUAGGAGGCGAACCACGAAGAUCCAGAUUCGAUCGUCCCACAACUUCACGCCUCGCGCGUUAUCGGGCUGUUUAUAAUGAUUCGCAGUUCAAUCAACAGACAAGAAAGGAGUCUUUUCCUACAAGAAGGCUUUCAACAGGAAAUGUUCAGGCAGACGAAGAUAUGCCGGCUAUAGAAGCAGACUUCGAAGGAGGAUCACGCAUAUCCCGGUUCGACCGUCCAGCAACGGCGGAUCGUGGGCGUGGAACAAAUCUUGAUGACGGUCAACAGUUUGGCAGUCAAAUUGGAGAAGCAGUUGACAUAAUUCAAUUAAAACGGCGGCCACAGAAUGGACCACCGAGGAAGACAAUCGAUGAGUGGUUGGAAUCGGGCCCAGAACAGCUAAGUGAUCCACAACAACUUGACCAUCUCGGACUCCGGACGCCCAAAGUGAAUCUCACCCCGCGUAUCGACCUUGGGCCUAAGACACGCGACGACUUCUAUAACAUGGUAUCCAGUCAUCAAACUGCAGAAUCUGAUCCUACGAGAGGUAGAGGGGCAACGGGAGAGCCGAGCGGGUCGAAGAGCUGA